AUGAACCAGCCGCUCAACAGCCGACCAAUCAUCGGGGUGUUGGCACAAGAAUCCCGUAAAGACAAUCAGCCUACAGACAGAUUUUCCUACAUCCCUGCUUGCUAUGUGAAAUACCUGGAGGCAGCCGGGGCCAGAGUCGUACCUGUCAGAUUAAAUCUAUCAGAAGAAGAAUAUACCAAGAUAUUCAACUCAAUAAACGGGUUGGUGCUGCCGGGAGGAGCUUCAAAUCUGCUGGCGUCGCACUACAGUCGAGCUUCCAGUUUUUUUUUCAACUCUGCUCUGAGGGCCAAUGAUGCCUCGGACUACUUCCCCAUCUUGGGAAGUUGUCUGGGCUUCCAGCAGCUGACUGUCUUAAUAGCGAAGGAAAACCUGCUCACGCUCACUGACACCACGGCUGUGGCUCUGCCGCUCAAACUCACACCAAUGGGCCAUUCCAGUCGUCUGUUUCAGAGUUUCCCCAAAGAUGUGCUGAGGUCUCUGACAGAGGAAAACAUCUGCCCCCACUUCCACAAGUGGAGUCUGACCACAGAGAGCUUCAACAGGAAUCCCAGGCUACAGGAGUUUUACAAGGUCCUGUCGACGAACCACGAUGGGAAGCAAGAAUUCAUCUCCACUAUCGAAGCCUACCGGUAUCCAAUUUAUGGAUUACAGUGGCAUCCGGAGAAAUCCCCCUUUGAGUGGAUCGACAAACCGGGGAUGAUUCACUCCACCGCUGCAAUAAGAGUCUCCUUCUACUCUGGCAGCUUCUUCGUCUCUGAAGCCAGGAAGAGCAACCAUCGUUUCCCGAGUCAGGAGGAGGAAGAGAGAGCGCUCAUCUACAACUUCUCUCCCGUCUUCAAUGGCAUGAAGUCCAUCUUCAUUCAGAACUAUUACUUUGAUUGA